AUGGUGCUUCUUCAUAUCAUACGCUUAGGUGCCGAAGUAAUUUCACACACCAUCGAUGAACGAGACCUACUGAAGGUUGAGGCGAUUCUGAGGCGGAAGCCUUUGAUCUGGGAUAACAUCCACAACAAUGAUUAUGACUGUCGCCGGCUGAUCCUCGGCCCGUUCUCCGGUCGGUCAACGAAUGUCAAGCAUCUUAUAUCCGGAAUCCUGCUGAACCCAAAUUGUCAGGCCGAGGUCAACUACAUUUGUUUCCAUACGUUUGCCAAGUGGAACGAAUGCAAGGUCGAUGGUCGAGUCGUUUCAGAAGAAGACGCAGAGCUUGAAGCUGGCAGCAAAACGGAAAUGGAAUCAUUUGGUGCUCAAGCAGAUCUUGCGUAUUUUCCGCUGAAAGCAUUAAGAGAUGCAAUACAUGGCUGGGUUUCAGAGUUCAAUAACGCCCGCAGUGUCUGUUUUCCGUUUUCUCUGACGAAACGGCCUCUGAGUACACUCGGCAACGGUGCGGAAGCGGACGGCAAUCCUGCACGUGCUGAAACCAUGGAUGAAUCGAUAAACAAGUCACCGUUUAACUGUUCCCUGUCAUCGUUGGCAACCGCUGCGGCGGUUACCGUGAAUAGUCUGGCCGAUGACUACAGCGAGCCAAUGGAGCUGACGCAGACUCAGCCAGCCGGAAUUGGUGGCAGCAAUGAAAUGCACAAGGCGGUCAAGCAUGAAACAAACACGAAUUACAAGCAGUCGACAGAUAACAAGUACAUCGAAGGCACGUUCGCCACAGACAAGUGUCUGUCAUUGGAUCAUAGUCCACGUUCGCUGGCCCCUUCUCAGAGCCAGGAGAUGAUGGAGGUGAAGAGUGCGGACAGUCUGUGCACGAUGUCCGAGUCUUGCAGCUCAUUGACAGAGAAAAACGAUUCUCCCACGUUGGCAUCGUCGAAGGAACCUAGGCAAACACCGAUGCCAGACCAAGAGAACGGAAUUGUAAUUGAUGCAAACAAAAUCACAGUUGCAGCCCCCGAUGAGACUCAGAUGCAGGUGGACAAGGCUGUGGAAGCGGCAACAGUAGCGUCUUAUUCUUCUACUUCUACGGGUAAAGAUGGAUCCUCCGUCGAAUGGCGAUGCUUCAGUCAUGACGAGCUGAAGCUCCUCGUUGACAUGUUCUACCUGCCGAACAGACACGGGGAAAGCGCUGUGGAGACGAUCGACGAGUUGUCGUGGCUGUACACGAACGCGCACAUCGUCCGCAAGAGCAGGGACACUCUCAAUCCAGAUAUGGUAAGAUCAUGUCAGUACAGCUAAUA